UUCAACAACCACAGCAGCGACCUCGGUAGCCUUGCUAGCCGACGUAGCAGGAAGAUGUGAGCUCUUUAUACGCUUUCGGUGAUUAUUAGCCACUGGGUUUUAAACACAUUUCUGUCGUAUCUACUAGUUACCCCUUUUAAUAUCGUAUGUACGUCAGCUAGCUGUCUGGUUAAGGUAGCAGUAGCACUAGGCUAAUCGCUAAUGCUAACAUCCCCGACGAUGAGUUCAAAAAGCUACUACCCCCCUGCUAAAGAGGAAGACUACUGUACGGAGAAAGAAGCUCUCGUGAAAGAGGAGAAGGAAGAGGAGUCUGUCACAGUUAAACAAGAAGUAGAGGAUGAGGCCACAGUUAAACAAGAAGUAGAGGAUGAGGCUGUUACAGUGAAAGAGGAAGACGUUUCAGUGAAAGAGGAGGCGGAAGUUAAACAAGAGGGUGCAGUUUUUACAGUGAAAGAGGAGACGACUGGCACGGUGAAAGAAGAGGCAGACGUUUUUGGAGUGAAGGAGGAGGGGGAGAUUACUGUCACAUUGGAGGAGGAAGAAGAGCAGAAUGGAGAUCUGAUUAACACCAGAGAGAGACCAGACUCAGAAGAACCAGGGCAAGAGACGUCUGAACCAGCAAGACGACACCACUGUUCCCACUGUGGAAAGAGUUUUACCCAAUUACGGACACUGAAGGUGCAUGAAAGAAUACACACUGGAGAGAAGCCCUACCAAUGUUCUCAGUGUGGAAAGAGUUUUACCCAGUUAGGGAGCCUGAAAAUACACAAUAGAAUACACACAGGAGAGAAGCCUUACCAAUGCUCUCAGUGUGGAAAGAGAUGUUCACAGUUAAGUUGCCUGAAAUCACAUGAGAGAAUACACACAGGAGAUAAGCCUCACAAAUGCCCUCAAUGUGGUAAUACUUUUAAGCGGUUAAGUAACCUGAAGGAACAUCAAAGAGUACACACAGGGGAAAAGCCUUACCACUGUUUCCAUUGUGAAAAGCGUUUCAGCUGGGUAAGGCAACUGAAAGAGCAUGAGAGAACACACACCGGAGAGAAGCCCUACCAAUGUUCCCAGUGUGGAAAGAGUUUUACCCAGUUCGGGAGCCUGAAGAUACAUGAUAGAAUACACACAGGCGAAAAGCCUUUCCAAUGUUCCCAGUGUGGAAAGAGUUUUAACCGGUUAGGUAACCUGAAAUCACAUGAGAGGACACACAAAGAAGAAGAGCCCCAUCCCUGCUCCCAGUGUGGAAAGAAUUUUACCUCAUCAGGCUUCCUGAAGAAUCAUGAGCAAAGACACACUGGGGAAAAGCCUUUCCAGUGCUCCCAGUGUGGAAUUAAAUUUACUUGGUUAAGGCAACUGAAAUCACAUGAAAGACUAAAAUCCCAGACCAUGAGCUCACCAAGAUCCCCGCCUGUUAAAGAAGAGGAUGUCUGCUGGACCGAGAAACAGGGUCUGUGGCUUAAUGUUGUCGUGAAAGAAGAGGAGGAAGAGAAGGAUGUCACAGUGAAAGGCAACGAAGAAGCUUCCAGAGUGAAAGAGGACGAGACUGGAGAUCUGAUUAACACCACAGGUGAAAGACCAGACUCUCACGGGAAAAGUCCUUCAGGGAAACCAGACCCACAGAAGACCAAACCAGCAAGACCACACCACUGCUCCCAGUGUGGAAAGUGUUUUAGACACGCAGGGAAUCUGAAAACGCAUGAGAUGAUACAUACAGGAGAGAAGCCAUAUCAAUGCUCCCAGUGUGGAAAGGGUUUUAGACUCUCAGGGCAUCUAAAAGUGCAUGAAAGAACACACACUGGAGAGAAGCCAUAUCUAUGCUACCAGUGUGGAAAGGGUUUUGGACACUCAGGCAAUCUAAAACUGCAUGAAAGAACACACACUGGAAAGAAGCCAUAUCUAUGCUCCCAGUGUGGAAAUGAAUUUUUCUCAUCUGGGGACCUGAAAAAACAUGAGAGAACACACUUAGUAGAGAGGCGUUUCCAAUGUGCCCAAUGUGGAAAGAGAUUUAUUCAGUUAGCGCAUCUGAAAGAUCAUGAGAGAAUACACCCAGGAGAACAACCAUUCCAAUGCUCCUUGUGUGGGAAAAGUUUUACCCAUUCAUGGAACCUGAAAAUGCAUGAGAUGACACACACAGGAGGGAAGCCUUUCAGCUGCUCCCAGUGUGGAAAAUGUUUUACCCACUUAGGGACCUUGAAAACGCAUGAAAUGACACACACAUGAGAAGGAGAUAUGCCUUUCCACUGCUCCCAGUGAGGAGAGGUUUACUUGGUUAGGGAAUCUGAAAAUGCAUGAGAGAACACACACGGGAGAAGCCGCCCUACCACUGCUCAGACUGUGGAAAUAGAUUUACCCAGCUAGGCUACCUGAAAUCACGAGUGGACACACACUGUGGAAAAGUUUUACCUAGUUAGGGAACUUGAAAAUGCAUGAGAUGUCACACACAGGAGAGAUGCCUUUCCACUGCUCCCAGUGUGGAAAGAGUUUUAGAAAUGCAGGGAACCUGAAAGUGCAUGAAAGAAGACACUAUGGAGAGAAGCCUUUCCAAUCUUCUCAUUGUGGAAAUACAUUUUCCCUGUCAGAGGACCUGAAAUCACGUGAGAGAAUACAGGCGCUGUGUUCUGACUUAUAUUUUUGACUUAAGAAAUUGUGUUUUGGUUUAUGCCACAUCAAAUCAAUGUAUAUGAAAGCUUACUCAAAAACAGGGUUACUUUUUUGUUUUUCUUUAAGACAUGAUAAUAUCUCAAAUCAAAAUACAUAUUUUUAAAUGUGUAUUUUGAUUAUGAAGUAAAGAUUUGAAUAUUGGUAUUUAAAAAUGUAAAUGAUUAUAUAGAUUAAUAGAAUGUGCAUUUCUAGAUUCUAACCUUAACCUCUUGGAUUUGAUAUGAUUUGGAUAUUACUAAAGACAUUUGAUUAGAUGCAUGAUUUGGAUAUUGCAAAGUGUAAAUUAUUAGAUCAGGAUCAAAACUGGUGGAGAAACAAAAAUAGCAUCAAUAGGUAAGUAUACCAGUUUCAUUUGAGUACCAGGAUGUUGACAGAGGUUUUUAUUGGGGGGGGGGCUGUGUGUGGGUCUUGGAUGGUUGGUGGCUUGGCGUUUGGGACCUUGGGCCGGUGGCCUGAGAGGUCGCUGGUUUGGGUCGUCGAUUCGACUGGGUGUGAGAUCUGUCGAUUUGCUCCUUGGCGUGGCGCUUGACCCUAGUUACUGUUGUGGGUCACUGGAUGGGAUUGGCUGCUAGAUGACUGAAUGCAAUGUAAAUAGUGAGUGGCUUCACUGCAGGUAGAUUGUAUGAAUUUUCAAAUUCAAUAAAAUAAAACAUGUAAUGUGCAUUUUA